AUGGAAACUUGCAAUGAUUCAAAAUUUCACCUGCACGAAGCUGUAGAACAGUUCAAUAUUGAAAACGAUGGAGAUAUAUUUUUGGUCGCUGCAAAAGAAACUUUAGAACACGGGCAAGCGGAAGUAUUGUUCGAGGUGCUAGAAGCCACAGAGAAUCGCAAAUUAUUGAAUUUUGUUGGCUGGGAUUUGGUUAAAAUCGUUUUCCAGUUCUUGCCAGAUGAUUGUGUGAAUUCGUUGCACUUUGAAAGUUAUAACAAGUUACUUCAUCUUAUAUGUAAUUCAUGCAACCCAAGGGAAGUUUGUUUAAGUCUUAGGGAGUUAUUGAGUCGUGAAUUAACUUGGCAAAAGUUAGUGAUAUUAUUGGGUCUUUUGAGGUUAACAGGUAGCCGACUUGGGGGAAAAAUUGGUAAGAUUUUAACAAGCAUUCUUGUAUCACUUCAAAGAUGUUUACAAAACAGAAAUGACAUUGUUGAACAAGUUGAAAUUUUGGAAACCACACUUGAAUUUGUGGAUGAACUUAUAGAGAAAACUCAAAACACACUCGCAAAUGUAUCUGACGAUAAAACGGCAUUUCAAGAAGGGCUUCUAUCGUUCCUUAUAGCUCUAUUAGAGCAACCUUUCGUCCUGUUAGAGUUCAAAAUAAACUCUGAAACGCAAGAACAGGAUGACAUUAUGAAAUUUGCAAAAACCAUUGUACGGAUGCUAGGUGUUUUAGAAAAUGGUUGUUUGAAGCGAUUGUUUGAUUAUGGUGUUCAUCAUAGAAACAGAAUUCAGAAACAAUUGAAGGUUGAUGAUGAUGAUAUCGAUGAUGACAUUGAUGAUGUUAAUAAUUGUCAUUCCUUUGUUGGGCUUGGUUGUCUAGCUUUCUUAACGCACGUGGCAGGAUUGGGAAAACAAUUUAUUCCUGUAAUCACAACAGGAAAAUACUAUUUGGAUACAAAUAUGGUAUAUAUAAACACAUUACUUUGUCAUCGCGAAACGCAAGUGAUUUUGAAAGGUCUUAGCCUAUUAUUGGCUGUUUUAAAUAUGGUUGAAGCGAACACGGUGCAUCAUAGCUACAUUGAUAAUAUGGAUUUGACGGAAUUGCUUACCAAUUUGAGACACCUCAUGACAUAUUCCGAGGACAGUAUAAUCAGACAAGAGUCUGUGAAAGGAUUUAGGAAGAUUUUGGGUAUUUUUACACCCAGAGGCAAGUAUAGAUUACUACGAUCUUUACACGAAGGUGAAAUCCAAUCUGGUUUUGCGGAACUUCUUUAUUUAAUCCUUAAAGAAGAAAUUGCAAACUCCGUUGAGAACGACAGCGAAGAUUCAUGGUUUCUUGGCAGUAAAUUAGAAUCAUUCCUUGAUGAAAUAUUCAAGGUCCCACCGAAAUCUUUGCAGUCCGAAUUUGGAAUAAUAGAAGAGAGCAACCGAGUUUUGUCUGCUUUAAAUCUCCUUCGGUUCUUGCUGCUACGAGACACGAAAAAUAAAACUACAAUACAUAGAAUUUUUCCACAAUUAGAAAACACAUACCUGAAGAAACUCAGAGAUGUAGUGACAUUUAGUAGAUCUAGCAUUACAACGUUAGUUCAAGACAAAGAAGAUGAAAUAAAAGGGAUUGUAGUUUCGAAAAAAACAUCAGACGAGACGAUACUGAACGUGACAACCGUGGAUGGGAGUGAACUUGAACAGGGGUCACCCAAGGAACAGAUAGAAGUCCUGCAAUCUGCCUGUCUUACUUUAGAUAUGAUUGAGUCUAUUUUGGCAAGAAUUGGGGAAAUAGGUAAAGAUAGACAAUCAUCGUGUAAUUAG